AACAGCUCACGCUGUAAGCAACAAGUACAUUUGUAGUUAUCCUUAUUUUACAAUUAUUUUUAUCAAAGUGAACUAGACUAUGCAAUAGGUUUUAUGUGACUUGUUAGAAUUGCGACGUAAUCUGGACCCUAAAUAAUAAAAACAAUCCAACACAUACAUAUAAUGUCGGCUGCGAACGGUUCGCGGGAUGAUUCGAACGAUUCCCUGCAAAAUAAGCUCUUCGAGGACCCGCACCUUCAGGAUUAUCUCGAGCGUGUUGCCAAAAUCCUGAAAAUCUCGGGAGCAAAGUAUGAUAUCAUGAAAUCUGGAUCUAACAAGGGAGAUAAUUACGUCGGAGUUCUGCACCGAAUUAUUAUCGAGGGUAAAAAAAAUGGUAUCCCCACCAAAGUACCUGUGAUUAUGAAAGUGCCUCCAAAAAAUGAAACGAGCCGUAUGGUGGUACAAAUCGAUCACUUGUUUCCGCGGGAACAUUAUUUCUACGCAAAAAUCGUACCGACCUUCAAUGAAUUUUUGAAAACUCAUAAUAAAUUGAUGGAAAAUAUUCCUGAGUGCUAUUUCUCUACUAGCGAUAAUCGAAAAGAGGCGGUUUGCUUGGAAGAUCUUGGAGUGAAAGGAUUUGUCAUGCGUGAUCGUUUGAAAGAAAUGGAUUUCGCACACGCGUCGAUCAUCAUGAAAACGUGGGGACGUUUUCACGCGCUAAGUUUCGCGCUCAGGGAUCAGAGACCAGAUAUUUUCAAAAGCGAAAUUGCUGCCAUGAAAGAGGCUCUCUGGAGACCCGAAGUUGUCCAACACCCGGAUGUUGUUACUCGCGUCAACACGUUAGGGAAAUAUGUUAAAAUGGCACUAGCUCAGGAGAAUUCAAAAUAUUUAGAAAAAUUUACAAAGUUUUUAAGUGAUGUUCCUCGUCAUCUGGAGACCUCCUGCGACGGGAGCCUCGCCGAACCAUACGCGGUGUUAAACCACGGCGAUUCUUGGAGCAACAACAUGAUGUUCAGAUAUGAGGAGGGCAGCGAUGAACCAAAGGACAUUUACAUGAUAGACUUUCAAUUGUGUCGAUAUGCGUCUCCAGCUUCAGAUAUUUCUUAUAUUUUGUAUACAAGCUGCAGCAACGACUUAAGGAAAAACCAUUUCGACGAAUUGAUUAAAAUUUACUACGAUUCAUUGUCAAGCUAUCUUUUGGAGCUUGGAUCGGAUCCGGAGAAACUUUUUCCCUUCGAAGCGUUGCUAAAACAAUUAAAGAUAUUCAGCACUUAUGUCGCGGGGAUGGGAAUACUUAUAAUGCACGCUUUGACCAGUGAACCUAAUGACGUACAGGACUUUGAUCCCGCUAAUUUCAACCCCGAUAAUCUUGAAGAAAGGUUGAAGAGAGAUCAUUUCUGGAGAAAUACUCUGAGAGAUGUCUAUAAGGAUUUGAUUGACAGGGAUUUCAUAUAGAUAUCAUUGAAGGAUGAAAUAAAAUUAAAACAAGGA